UGCCGGCUGCUGCCACCGCAAUCCCGGCUCCUAAAUCAGCGCGGGGAGGCGCUCCCUCCCCACACCCGGCUCCCGGGGUUGCCGGGCUGCGAUUGGCUGCGCGGGCGCCCCCCACCCCGGGCCCCUGGCUCCAGCUGCCGCGCCAUUGGCUGCGGCCCUCCGCCAGCCUUUACAUAAGCCCGGGCGCGCUCGAGUGGAGUUGUAUAAAGCCAGCGCGCGGCGUCGGGGCGGGAGGCUCGAGGCCAGCCCGGGACCCGGGCUGGAAGCUAGCAGGCGGCGGCGGCGCCGGCGGCUGAGGCGGCAGCGAGCGCCCGCUUCCCACGCCCCCAGGCGGCGGGGCCGAGAGCCGGAGGAUGGCUCCGAGCGCUGACCCCGGCAUGUCCAGGAUGUUGCUGUUCCUGCUGCCGCUCUGGUUUCUGACCCUCACUGAGGGGUCCCAGCGGGCUGAACCCAUGUUCACUGCAGUUACCAACUCCGUUCUGCCCCCUGACUAUGACAGCAACCCCACCCAGCUCAACUAUGGUGUGGCAGUUACUGAUGUGGACCAUGAUGGGGACUUUGAGAUCGUUGUGGCGGGGUACAAUGGCCCCAACCUGGUUCUGAAGUAUGACCGGGCUCAGAAGCGGCUGGUGAACAUUGCGGUCGACGAGCGCAGCUCACCCUACUACGCCCUGCGGGACCGGCAGGGGAACGCCAUCGGGGUCACGGCCUGCGACAUCGACGGGGACGGCCGGGAGGAAAUCUACUUCCUCAACACCAAUAACGCCUUCUCUGGGGUGGCCACGUACACCGACAAGUUGUUCAAGUUCCGCAAUAACCGGUGGGAAGACAUCCUGAACGAUGAGGUCAACGUGGCCCGUGGUGUGGCCAGCCUCUUUGCCGGACGCUCUGUGGCCUGUGUAGACAGAAAGGGCUCUGGACGCUACUCCAUCUACAUUGCCAAUUAUGCCUAUGGUAAUGUGGGCCCUGAUGCCCUCAUUGAAAUGGACCCUGAGGCCAGUGACCUCUCCCGGGGCAUUCUGGCACUCAGAGAUGUGGCUGCUGAGGCUGGCGUCAGCAAAUAUACAGGGGGCCGAGGCGUCAGCGUGGGCCCCAUACUCAGCAGCAGUGCCUCGGAUAUCUUCUGCGACAACGAGAAUGGGCCUAACUUCCUUUUCCACAACCGGGGCGAUGGCACCUUUGUGGAUGCUGCAGCCAGUGCUGGUGUGGAUGACCCCCACCAGCACGGGCGAGGCGUCGCCCUGGCUGACUUCAACCGCGAUGGCAAAGUGGACAUUGUCUAUGGCAACUGGAAUGGCCCCCACCGCCUCUACCUGCAGAUGAGCGCCCACGGGAAGGUCCGCUUUCGGGACAUCGCCUCGCCCAAGUUCUCCAUGCCCUCCCCUGUCCGCACAGUCCUGACCGCCGACUUUGACAAUGACCAGGAGCUAGAGAUCUUCUUCAACAACAUCGCUUACCGCAGCUCCUCGGCCAACCGCCUCUUCCGCGUCAUCCGCAGGGAGCAUGGAGACCCCCUCAUCGAGGAGCUCAAUCCCGGCGAUGCCUUGGAGCCUGAGGGCCGGGGCACAGGGGGUGUGGUGACCGAUUUCGACGGAGACGGGAUGCUGGACCUCAUCUUGUCCCACGGAGAGUCCAUGGCUCAGCCGCUGUCCGUCUUCCGAGGCAAUCAGGGCUUCAACAACAACUGGCUGCGAGUGGUGCCACGCACCCGGUUUGGGGCCUUUGCCAGGGGGGCUAAGGUCGUGCUCUACACCAAGAAGAGCGGGGCCCACCUGAGGAUCAUCGACGGGGGCUCAGGCUACCUGUGCGAGAUGGAGCCCGUGGCACACUUUGGCCUGGGGAAAGAUGAAGCCAGCAGUGUGGAGGUGACGUGGCCAGAUGGCAAGAUGGUGAGCCGGAACGUGGCCAGCGGGGAGAUGAACUCGGUGCUGGAGAUCCCCUACCCCCGGGAUGAGGACACACUUCAGGACCCAGCCCCCCUGGAGUGCGGUCAAGGAUUCUCCCAGCAGGAAAAUGGCCAUUGCAUGGACACCAAUGAAUGCAUCCAGUUUCCAUUUGUGUGCCCUCGAGACAAGCCCGUAUGUGUCAACACCUAUGGAAGCUACAGGUGCCGGACCAACAAGAGGUGCAGUCGGGGCUAUGAGCCCAACGAGGAUGGCACGGCCUGUGUGGUAGAUUCUGCUGCGUGCUCCCUCUGAAUGGACAGCAGGGGUGCCCAUCUUUGAAAAGGGAAAGUUGGGAGAUACUGACGCAACCUUAGUUGUUUAUGAAGCCUUUCUUUGCAUGUUUUCUGAGAAAACAGAAAAGGAAAGUCUCCCCAACACCCCAUCCAGCCUCCCUCACUCCUUCAGAAGAAUCAAGAUAGUCUUGUAUCCUCCAGUGUCUCGUGAGGUCCUUAUUUUGCCCUUAACAAGGAUGGCUCCAGGUGGUUGCUUGCUGGUUGAUCCAAUGAUGUACCAUGUGCCUGCUGGUUUGGCCUAUGCUGUUUCUGCUUUUUGCCCCAGUCUUCCUGUGCUGGAGAAAGCCUUAUUGGUGUUGGUGGUGGUGAUGGGUGGGAAAAGGGUGGUCCUUUGGGACUCUUGAUAAAAAUGUUAUCAUUUGAACUUGCUAAACCUUCCAGCCUCUUUUCUGGAGAAAGUUUAUGCCAAUAAACUGCUAGAUAUUAGUGCCAAGCUGGUGGUGAAAAAAGGGGUUUGGGGCAAGUAGAACUGAUUGGAAUGCUAAAUUAGCAGCAGGCCUUGCAUCAUGGGAUGCUUCGACAGCCGAUCAUCACACAAGCAGGAAUCACACCAGGCACCAGCAGGGGUUUGGUUGUGUACAACAGUGUUCACAUUUCAGGGACCAGGGUUUGGGCCAAGUGAAGGAUGUGUGAUGAGUGAGGGGCAGAAAUGGAGUGUGCACUCUGGGCCUUUUACCUGCAGGAAGUCACUUCUCCAUGCUGGGCCUCAGUUUCCUUAAUGUAGAUGACAAGAGAGUUGGGCUGGUGUAUCCCUAAGGGGCCUUUCCUUUCCAAGACUCCUCACUGUCUGGCUGGACAUAGGCAUGGCUCAUCUCAAGUUACUCUGAUUUCUAGAAAGAACCUUGCUACUUGGUCUCUGCAAUCUGCUUAGAAAAUGGAGUGUUCCUGUAGCCAGAACACCCUUUGGGGAUGAUGUAACGCCGUAGAAUAUGCUCACAGCCAGCCUCAGUAGUGAGGGCUUGUUAUAAAACAUAGAUCUAUUCUUCAUGGGGAGAAGAGUCAUCCCAGAAUAUAAUAAAAUCACACUUAAGAAUGCAGCAACCCUUUUAAAAACAUAUUUAACAAAAAAAAGGCCUACCAUUUUCUGAUCUCAUAGUAACACUCCUAAUAAAUCACAAAAUAUGAA